UCGCACACUCCAUCCCUUCUCUCGCCCCUCCUCGUCACUCAUGCCGCCAUGUCCUCAGAACCGAACGGAAACGGCCUCGGCAACGAAAAGCAACCGCUCGCUGGCAGCCCCGAGGUCAUGAGCGACGCAGGUGACGACGACCGCUCGACCACCAGCGCGCAGUCGGUAAGGCAAGACGCCCAUCCCGACGGAAACGGUCAUAGCAUCGCGGGUCUGCAUCAUCACGACCCCCACUCGGAUGGAGAGCUGGUGGGCUCUGACGGGGACGGCGAGCAGACUGGGAGCGAAGACGAUGACGACGACAGUGAAGACGACGAGGACGAGGACGAGGAGCCUGCACUCAAGUACGAGCGAUUUGGGGGCAUCACUCACCAGCUCCUUCAGAAGGACUCUGCCUCCGCCAUUGCGUAUGCAAAUCAGCGAAUAGCCCUUGGCACGCAUGGCGGCAUGCUACACAUCCUAUCCCUUACCGGCGAGCUCAUCAAGUCCUUCCAGCCUCAUUCCGCCUCCAUUGCGGAUAUCUCCAUCGACAUCACUGGAGACUGGGUCGCAACUGCUUCUAUCGACGGGCAGGUCGUACUACACUCCGUCUCGACUCCCGAGUCCCAUACCUUUGACAUGAAACGCUCCCUGCGUACAGUUGCUCUGGAGCCCAACUUCGCUAAGAGUGGAACGCGUUCACUUGCAUGUGGAGGCAUGGCAGGGUCGCUGGUCUUGCAUGAGAAGGGCUGGUUAGGCUACAAGGAAACAGUCUUGCAUACGGGAGAGGGGCCGGUCUGGGAGGUACGAUGGCGAGGCAAACUCAUCGCUUGGGCAAAUGACUUGGGUGUCAAGAUCUACGACACCGUCUCCCAAACUCGCAUCACCUACAUCGACCGCCCGCCUGACAGCCCUCGCGCCGAUCUUUUCAAAUGCACCCUCCACUGGCAGGAUGACUCCACACUCCUCGUCGCCUGGGCCGACCAGAUCAAGGUUGCUCGCGUCCGCGCCAGGCCGCGCACACCCACCGUCUCCGCCUCCGCCAACCUGCCUCCGUUCCUCGUCGACAUUACCGCCGUCUUCCAGCUUGACUGCAUGGUCUCGGGCAUCGUUCCACACCCGCUCGGCAACUCCCCCUCCACCGCCGGCACGGGCAUGUUCCCUAUCCCGAGCGACGCCGCUAGUGUUACUUCGGGAGGCUCCGCCGUGCAGAAGACCGCGGCGGCCCCGAGCCUGACCGCCUUCCUCAUCGUCGCGUACACACCACCGGACACGUCGCUCCUCACGGGCAACGAGGCCGCAGCCGACCGUGCGGAGCAGAUGCGCAAGGCGGCUGAACGCCCCGAGCUCCGUAUUGUCUCGCGCGGAGGGGAGGAGCUUGCCGCAGACGCACUUGGGAUCGCAGGCUUCGAGCGGUGGGGAUGCAAUGAUUAUGUGUUGAUAGAGGUGGACGCGACGUUGGCGGAGAGGUAUUACGUCGUGCUCAGUCCGAGGGACAUCGUCGUUGUGCGCCCUAGGGAUUGGCGGGAUCACGUUGCUUGGCUGGUAGAGCGACAGAGAUACGAGGAGGCGCUAGAGGUGAUUGAGAGGCAGGCUGCAAUGGGCGUGACUGCCGCGCCGGGGCAGGACGCUGUGGACGCCGUGCACGUCGGUCAGCGGUACAUCGAGCAUCUGGUCAGCCAAGGCAACUGGGCGAAGGCCGCGCGCCUCUGUCCGAAAGUCUGUGGACAGGAUCUGAAGCGAUGGGAGGACUGGAUAUUCCUGUUUGCGCAGAAGCACCAGCUCCAGGCGAUCAUUCCAUUCGUCCCGACAGAAUCGCCCACACUAGGUCAUCUCGUAUACGAGAUGAUUCUUGCGUACUUUCUUGCGCACGAUCGUCACGCGCUAUUGCGGAUGAUCAAGAGCUGGCCGAAGGAGAUCUACGAUGUGCCCGCCGUCAUAGUAGCCGUGCAAGCUGAGCUAGACCGUGCUCCCUCAUCAUCGGCGAUGAAGACAACAGCGCCUGAGACAGUGCUUCUCAUGGAAUGUCUCGCCGAGUUGUAUACCAUGAAUCGACAGCCUGGCAAGGCCCUUCCCUACUUCUUGCGCUUGCGACGGCCGAACGUCUUUGACCUCAUUCGCGAGAACAACCUAUUCACCGCGGUGCAAGAUCAGGCCCUCCUCCUGGUUGAGUUUGACCACGAGCUCAUGGAGAAGCAGAGGAGAGAAGGCGAAGACGUGCGUCGGGAAGACAGUAGAGCGAUUGCAUUGCUUGUGGAUCAUAUUCAUUCUAUACCCAUCGGGCGAGUUGACCCUCACUUAACAUCCGACUUCGCAGACAUGCAGGUCAAACUAUGCGCAGAACAUGCACCAGACCGGCUCAUGAACUUCCUGCGUUCGAGUAACUACUACAGUCUCGAACAGGCAUACCGCGUAUGUAACGACCGAGAUAUGGUCCCAGAGAUGGUGUUCCUGCUGGGUCGGAUGGGGAAUAACAAGCAGGCGCUGACCUUGAUUAUCGAGCGGCUGGGCGAUGUCAAUAGGGCUAUUGACUUCGCUCGAGAACAACAUGACGACGACCUAUGGGAAGACCUAUUGAAGUACUCGGAGACACGACCAUUAUUCAUUCGAGGUCUCCUCGAGAACGUUGGCGCAGAGAUCAAUCCUAUUCGGCUCAUCCGACGCAUAAAGAAUGGGCUUGAGAUACCGGGUCUCAGGGGCGCGUUGAUCAAGAUCCUGCACGACUUCAACCUGCAAGUGUCCUUACUCGAAGGCUGUCAGACCAUCUUGGACGGUGACUGUGGAGAGUUGGCGCGAACACUGUACAGGAAUCAGACCAAUGGUUUCUUCCUCAAUCCGCAAACGCACUGUCCAAUAUGCUCCCAGAGCCUGGAGCAGCGUCCGCACAGCCUCACGUUGUUGUACUUGUGCCGGCAUGUUGUCCACGCAAGUUGUGUUGCUCCCGACGAGACUUUGCGCGAGUGGAUCGAUCACAGUGCGGGUGGUACCCAACGAAUCGGCGGCAAGAUCGCUCUUGCUGCCAUGGUUCGCGCGAGGAUUAACCAGGGGUGCCCCGUAUGUACGCGGAAAGGCGAAGGGCGGCCUUCAUAGCCAUCACAGCCUGUAGUCGAGAGCAGAUUGCACCUUCACGAUUCAGCCGUAUAGUACAUUUACAAUGCUCAGUCAUUUGACAGGAAACGUGCUUCCGAAUCGAACUCUGGAUGACUCAUCUACCUGUCUUACGCAGAGUGUAUCUGCGUGGUGCUUCGACGACCAUUCACACAGCGUUAUCUUAUGUCUGUCUACACGAUCGUGUACUCGCGACGUCAUGCGACCGAUAUGCCGACAUCAUACUAUCAUAGGCUCCCCGUCGGAAGUCUUUCUAUGGUGGGCUCGACCUCCAUCUUACAGGCACAAUCUUCUGUUUCCUUGCGGUCGUGACCUGCGGUUUGCUUCGAGAGGUCGUGACCUCUCCAUUACUCCCGCGAAGCUAUGUCAUGAGUAGGUUAUAGGGCCCUCUGCCGCG